AAUUAAAAAUUGAGGCUACAUCUAUUUUCAUCCAUUUUAUGGGGAAAUGACGCGUUUCGGUUUUAGCGCUUGUUCAUUAUUGAUCGGAGUGAGGUUGAUAAUUUUCUUUCUUAUUUUAUUCCGAGCAAGAUUAAAGUUAGCAGGACUGUACAUGUAGCCUUCGUAGCUUGAAGCUGGUUGGAUUUUCCAAGCGUGUGCUUCUUCGGCGGCCGAGAAGCCGCGCGGGAAAAUCGAUCUCAACUUAGCCUGCGAACAGGCUCCCAGCGAGGACGGAAAAAAAUUUCGGCCAGCGCGAAACACAAGAAUUCGGAGUGCAAAGCGAUCGAGGCAGGGAGUCGCUUCGUUCGGGCUCACCGGGAGCCUUUUUGCAGGCUAAUCUCAACUCGGUAACUUCCCUUUCUCCUCGAGGCUUCACCUCCCCAGGCUUGGAAGAUUGUUUCAGGCAUUCGGUCAGUUGAGAAGCAGCAUGAAGAAGGGAAAAUAAGUUUUUUAAAAACCAGGGUUCAUCCUACUUUCCAAAAUGGUUGCCGCCUGUUUUUGUCCGUGCUUACCUCAUUCCCUCUUGCCCCUAGCUAUUAGCGUGACGCGUAACAGGUUGGUAAAUGAAAUGCAAAAUUUCUUCAACUACCGCUGUGCUGAUUGACUUCCAGAAACAACGCGUACUUUGAGAAAGAUCGAGAGCUGAAAAUCGCACCAUUUUUACCCAGAGAGCCAUGUCUAUCCUCGCAAAGAAAAGCUGGCAAACAGUAAGACCGACAAUCAGAGAAAGAAGCAAGUUUAUGUUCAACAAUGAACUCUUCAGCGAUGUGAAGUUUGUUGCUUGGGGGGCCAAUGGCGAAAGUGAUAGUAAACAAGUGAUUCCUGCUCACAAGUUUCUGCUGUCGAUUAGCAGUCCUGUGUUUGAAGCCAUGUUUUACGGUGAGCUGGCGGAGACUAUAGACUCUGUUGAACUGCCUGACUGUGAGUACGACAGUAUGUUGGAGCUGUUUCGUUACAUCUACAGCGACGAAGUAAAUUUAAGCGGAAGUAAUGUGAUGGGAGUGUUGUAUUUGGCGAAGAAAUACAUGGUGCCUUCACUGGCUAAUAAAUGCACCGAGUAUCUAGAAGAUACCUUAGAUCCAUCAAAUGUCUUCAGCAUCCUGCCACAAGCACAGAAACAUGAAGAGAAAAAACUGGUGGAUCAAUGCUGGAAAGUGAUCGAUGAACAGACAGACGAGGCUGUGAAAUCAGAUGAGUUUGCGACAAUUGAGAAGUCUUUAUUUGAAGCAGUAGUGGAGCGUGACACUUUGAAUAUUCAAGAGAUAGAGUUGUUCAAAGCAGUGAAUUUUUGGGCGACAAAGAGAUGUGAAGAACAAGGCUUAUCGACAGAUGGAAGUGAAAAAAGAAGAAUUCUCGGCGAACGGAUUGUGAAAGGAAUACGUUUUCCCGUGAUGACCCAACAUGAAUUUGCUUCUGUUGUUCUUGACUGCAAGAUACUGACCCCAGACGAGGCUUUUAGCGUAGUAAAAUAUUUUAAUUCGGUCCCAGACAAUCCAGUAGGAUUUUCCGAGAAGAAGAGAAUUAGAAAUAAGGAAUCCUUUCAGCGUUGUCGCAGAUUUGGUUCCGUGGUUCACACUGGCUCAGGUUAUCCCUAUGCAGCUGAUAAAAGAGACUGUCUUGUUUUUACGGUCGACAAAGACAUCUCCUUAGUUGGAGUAACACUCUGCGGAGGCAAAAAUUGUAAUUAUUCUGUUGCUAUUACAAUAACAAAUUUGGCAAAUAAUUGCCGUUUUCCUUGGAUUAAAUCAGGCAAAUUUUCUUCUGUGUGUAUCCAGUCAUCAGAACUAGUCUCUUACUAUGGCUUCAAUAUUUUCUUCGACAGUCCUGUUGUGAUAAUGAAGGGCAGCUUGUACCGGAUUGAAGCUUCCAUCUCGGGUGCCAAUUCUUGUUUUGGUGUAGAUGGUAGAAAAUCUGUGCUGUGUUCAGGAGUUACAUUUAGUUUUCAGAAAAGUACUGAGAGUAGCAAUGGAACCAGAAUUGAACUAGGGCAAUUUCCAGAGUUUCUUUUUUCUGUAACAUAAAUAGUUCUAAAUUCGCUAUCAACCCUGGAUUUUGAUUAGCGAUUAGGUUUGAAUUAAAUUGCCCUUUUAUUGUGAAGUCAAAAAAGUCUGAUAAAUGGGCACCCUUAGCUUCAGCAUUGAAUGGAAUUAGGUUUACACAAGCUGGGUGACAGCUUCUCACGAACACUAGUAAUAAAUCAGAGUAUUUCUGAUGGGUACAAUUUUGGCAUUAAAGUUAUGAAGUGAUAUUUUUUUUGAGGUAACCAAAACAACAAAGAACGGAUAACAUCCAGACAGAUUGCCAAUGACCAUAAACUUAUGCCAUCGAUAACAAAACAUCUCAAAAAAAAAACAUUGCUUUUUCUGUGUAAAAUAUUUUUAUCAUAUAAUAUGAUACAU